GGCUUUGUGUUUCGAGCAGUGUCCUGUCUUCGAUAGUAAAGAGGGGUCGUGCCUCUUUCUGACAAUAUUCUCUGAACGUCUUCUCUCUCUCUCUUUCUCUCUCCUAUUUCUUUUGUAUUUCUCUGCUUCUCGUUUGUCUGGGUGCUUGUGCCCCUCUCACUAAAUCUAAUCAAACCUCGGUUGGCUCUAAUUAGUAGCAAACACAACAGUUAAUUCACCAACAAAUCCGAAAAACACAUCAAGUGGAAGCAAGCAAGCAUCAAUGUCAACACUGUUUGCACUUCUCCUACUCCCUUCCCAAACUCACUUCUUUUAGGGUUUCUUUUUCUACCUUCUGGCUACUUGAUUGCUACUACACUUUCCCGCAUCGCUUUCGCUGGAUUUCCCGUUGCUGAUUUCUGGUAUGUAUCGCAGCGAAUCUACUUUACCAAACCUUUCUCAUUGUUUCAUCUCUUGUAAAUCGAUCUCUGUGUUUACUAUCACAUCUUUCGAGAUUCUAUAUCGUUGCCAAUUCCGUUCAAGAAGAAAAAAUCCCUCUUUUUUAACGUGAAGAAUCUUGGUGGCGAAAAUGGAGUUAGAUCUAUGGAUUCUCAGUCCAUUUGAUGAUUUUUAACCUGAUCAGUCUUUUGACAAGUUGUGGGUUCGUCAUUGUUUGAUAUCACCGUUUCCUGUAUGCUCUGUAUUUCCUUUUUGCUUUAUUGAGCUUGCUUUUCUACCAGGAUCCUAAUACCAGUACAUUUGCAUCUUUAUAUCCGAAAAUGGAGUUCCUUAAAAUGAGAAAGUUCAGAAAAGCCCACAAACCAAACCCAGAAAAGGAAUCCGACAACAAUCCUGUUCCUGUUCCGGGUCCAGAAGAGCCCAAGAAAGAUAACGACGAUGACUUGGGGAAAUCGGCGACGGCGGAUGUUGAUAAUGCUACAGAAGCCGAUGAGGACGACGAUGACUUUAUCAUGAACGAGGUAAAGAGAAGACUGAAAGAACUGAGAAGGAACAGUUUCAUGGUGCUGAUACCUGAAGAAACAUGUCCCGAGGAAGAGGAACCAGAGGAGGAGGAGGAAGACGAAGGUCAAGCCAGCUCCAAUGAGUGGCGGGAUGUAGAAGCCGAAGGCCGACAAUUAUGGUCUUGUUUUGGUGCUUUCUACGAUAAGUACUGUGAGCGCAUGUUGUUCUUCGAUCGUCUCACUACACAGCUCUUAAAAGAAAUCGGUUCACUCAAUCCUUCGACUCCAUCACCAAGAUCUGUGUCCAAGAAGCUUACAUCCCCUCUUCGAUGUCUAUCUUUGAAAAAAUUCGAACCCCCUGAAGAUGAAACAGAGCACCUGCAACAACAACCAGAGAAUGAUCCAUAUCUGGAUCUUGAAACAGCAUACGUAUCUCAACUUUGCUUGACAUGGGAGGCACUUCAUUGCCAGUAUUCUCAACUAAGCCAGAUUCAAUCUGAAAAUUCCAAAUGUUACAACCAUAGCGCACAACAGUUUCAGCAGUUUCAGGUUUUGCUGCAACGGUUUAUUGAAAACGAACCUUUUGAACGUGGUCUUAGGCCUGAAGUUUAUGGUCAAACAAGAAACUCGCUUUCUAAACUUCUGCAAGUUCCGAAUAUAUUAGGUCAAGAUAGAAAGGAGAUGACAGAAGAGGAAUCGGAAAUGGUUGUGGAAGCUUCAGAUCUUCUUAGAAUAAUUGAGACCUCGAUUCUUACUUUUCAACUGUUCAUAAAGAUGGACAAGAAGAAGUCAAAUGGUGUCCGGAAUCUAUUUGGAGGUCAGAAUCAGAUGGUUACCCCUGUUCAGCAGGUGCAGGCGUCACUGGAGAAGAAGAAGGUGAAGUUGAAGGAGCUGUGGAAGAAGAGGAAAGGUGGGAAGAAGAAUCAGUGGCCUGGAACACAAGAGGAGGUGGAGUUGUUACUUGGGGUUAUAGAUGUGAAGGUGAUAAACAGGGUGUUGAGGAUGGUGAAGAUUAGUAAAGAUCAAUUGUUUUGGAGUGAAGAAAAGAUGAAGAAAUUGGAUUUAUCAGCAGCAAGUGGAAAACUUCAAAGGGAUCCAUCUCCUAUUCUUUUCCCUUGUUGAUAUAAUAAUGUUUUGAGUAUCUAUGAAAAGAUGUAGUCCAAGCUUUUUGUUUAAAGACUCAUUAUAAAGUCAACCUCAAGGGAUUUGUUAUUUCAUGAUCUUGGAUGAGGUAGGGUAUAUGCAAUGCAAAUCUUUCUUUAUUAUUUUAAA